GCACCAGUUGGGGCUAUUCCAAAAGCACCAGUUGGGGCUAUUCCAAGGCUCUGCUACUUUUUUACUCGUUCCGUCCAGGUAGAUAGCUGCAGCUGUAACUCUCCCUAUCUCUCCCCCUCGCUCUCGUACUCUCGGGGGUGUGGACAGUAGACGAAGAGAUGGAGGGCGGAGAUGGAAGUGUCCCCUUACUCGAAGCCAAAGAGGGUGGGUUGGGUAAGAGGAGCUGGAUGGAAUCGAAGAAGCUAUGGCACGUGGCGGGUCCAGCCGUUUUCAGCCGGAUCUGCAUGUAUGGAACGGGCGUUGUUACUCAAGCAUUCGCAGGUCACUUGGGCAAUAUCCAGCUCGCUGCUUUCUCCAUUGCCUAUACAGUUGUCGUUGGAUUUGCUUUUGGACUCUUGUUAGGGAUGGCAAGCGCCCUGGAGACACUGUGUGGACAAGCUUAUGGUGCAAAGAAAUAUCAGAUGUUGGGCAUCUACAUGCAACGCUCUUGGAUCAUCAUCCUCAUCGCAUCGAUCAUCAUGACCCCACUCUACAUUUUUGCAGCCCCAGUUCUUGAGAUGAUCGGGCAGCCACGAGAAAUCGCCGAGCAAGCCGGGGCCUUGUCACUGUGGUUACUCCCUCUACAUUUCUCCUUGGGCUUCCAGUUCACACUCCAGAGGUUUUUACUGUCCCAACGUAAAGCAGUAAUCAUUGCCUAUGUGUCCGCUGCUGUAUUUGCUGUCCAUGUAUUCUUGAGCUGGGUCGUCAUUCAUCUGCUCGAUCUCGGCAUUGUUGGGGCCACUUGGGUUCUAAAUCUCUCGUGGUGGCUAUCCCCACUGGGCCUGAUCGCAUAUACAGUGUGGGGUGGAUGUCCACUUACAUGGACUGGUUUCUCCAUGGAAGCUUUCUCUGGGCUAUGGGAGCUUCUGAAACUGUCCGUAGCUUCUGGUAUCAUGCUGUGCUUGGAGAACUGGUACUACAGAAUACUCAUCUUAUUGACUGGGAAUCUGAGCAACCCUGAAAUUGCUGUGGAUGCAUUGUCCAUCUGUAUGAACAUCAAUGGCUGGGAGAUGAUGAUUCCGUUUGCAUUUUUCGCAGCCACUGGUGUCCGGGUCUCCAAUGAGCUAGGAGCGGGCAACGGGAAAGCAGCUAAGUUUGCUACCAUUGUAUCAGUGGCGACAUCGGUCAUAAUAGGCCUCAUCUUUUGCUUUCUGAUCUUGAUCUUCCACGACAAGUUCGCUCUCAUCUUCACCACCAGCCCUGUGAUCAUCCAUGCCGUUGACAAACUAUCAAUCCUUCUGGCCAUAACCAUCCUCCUCAAUAGCAUCCAACCGGUUCUCUCUGGUGUAGCUAUUGGGUCGGGGUGGCAAGCAUUGGUGGCAUACAUAAACGUUGGAUCUUACUACUUGAUUGGGGUCCCACUUGGAGUCUUGUUGGGGUGGGCCUUCCAUCUUGGAGUUGAGGGGAUUUGGGCUGGAAUGAUCGGUGGUACUCUUGCUCAGACAUUGAUCUUGAUGUUCAUCACUCUUCGGUGUGAUUGGGACAAGGAGGCACUGAGCGCCUCUACUCGUGUGAAGAAAUAGGCCAUUUUACUGUCUAAGAAAGAUCGUUCAGUUCAUUAGUGUGAAAAUUAUGACGCUUGAUUGCACGACAGUGGGAGGAAUUUCAACCAUUCCAUGUGCUUGACUAAUCUCUCAUGAGGUAGUGCAUAUGGAAGAUGGAACAAGUGUUGUCUCAAGUUCUUCAAUUUGAUAUGUGACAUUCGGUUAAGAGAGAAUAGUUAUGCUAAGGGAUUUGAAGAAGUGACUUGUGCCAAAAUAGUACAUAGGGUCCUCCGCCUGUCAGGAAUUGAAAAAACCUGUUUGAUGUUAUUGGGCCGCAUCAUCACAAACUGCGUUUAAUGCAUCAGUGCUGAAGGCAUUAGUGAUGUUGUGAACCAAUCACAAUGUAGGAAAAUAAGAAAACAUAUUUGCGGCAAGCAAAGUAUUCAAAUUCAUGUGUGUGGACCA